AUGUGUUACUAUGGUGGCUACUAUGGAGGCCUAGGCUAUGGCUGUGGCUCUGGUUAUGGCUGUGGAUGUGGUUAUUUCCAUGGCCUAGGAUAUGGAUAUGGAAGCUGUGGCUAUGGAGGCUUGGGAUAUGGUGGCUAUGGCUAUGGCUGCUGCCGCCCAUCUUGCUGGGGAAGAACCCAUCUUAAACAAUCAACUACCCAAGUGAAUCCUAACACCAUGUGCUACUAUGGCAGCUACUAUGGGGGCCUGGGCUAUGGCUAUGGCUCUGGUUAUGGCUGUGGAUGUGACUGCUUCCGUGGCCUAGGCUAUGGCUAUGGAGGCUGUGGCUACGGAGGACUAGGCUACAGUGGCUAUGGCUAUGGCUAUUGUCGUCCAUCUUGUUGUGGAAGGUUUUAUUCUUAUGGCUUCUAUUGA